AUGCGCCGUAUGAUAGCUGAGGGCGGUAGGGACGCUGUACCCCCGGCUACUUCCACCAAUCAUUUGUCAGCACCUCCUCCCAGGAGCGAUACGGAACAGAUACUGGCGCUAGAGGCGCGUCUGAGGCAACUCAACGACAGUCUUAUCACCAAACAGGACGCCCUGGAUGCCGUUCUGGCGCAGAAUCAUGGACUCAAGAUACGCCUGGAGAGGCUGGAUGCCGAGAACGAAGUUCGUUUGCUGAGUUCUUCUAACGCAGCCUCCUCUUCGGAACUAAACUUUCCAAAUGGUUAUCCCCAACGUCCGAGCGCACACCUUCGGGGUUCCUAUGGUUUUGCUCGUCUUCACUUGAUUGUAAGUUGA